UUGCUCGUUUUACAAGAGAACAAGACCCUCUAUAACAAGAUGAAUCCAGAAUCACAAGUCAUUGGAGAAGCGAUCGCAACGUUCCAACAUAAUAAUAUAGUGCGGCGGACUGCGAAGCGUCCUGGGCUUAAUGUCAUAACUAUCCCAUGUAUAUAUCACAAUGGUUGGAACCCGACUCACUCUCGCCCAUCAGUGCGACCCAGGCGGGCCGGUACCCCAAAAUUAGGACUCGCGUCUUGA